AUCGGGGGGCUGCCGCGGCGGCUCGCGAUCUCGGGCUGCGUGUCGUGGAAGAGUGACACGUGGGGGGCACGUCCAGGGACGCGUGUAGCACUUCCCCGUUUUCCCUCAUUUCAGAUCGUUUUACGGUCGAGAUUUUUUCGCAAGUUUCACGGCGACCGGGAAGAUUGUUUUUUUAUUUUAAAAAUCCUAAACUACAGCAGUCAUGGGAAGAGGAGAAGGACGUGAGCAGUAUGAGCUGGCUGCUACCUCGGAGCAGGGAGGCAAGAAGAAAGGGAAGGGGAAGAAGAAAGAAAAGGAUAUGGACGAGCUGAAGAAGGAAGUGGACAUGGACGAUCACAAGCUGACCUUGGAUGAGCUAAAUCGCAAGUAUGGAACAGACCUCAGCAGGGGUCUGACAAGUGCAAAAGCAGCAGAGAAUUUAGCCCGCGAUGGCCCCAAUGCCCUCACCCCUCCCCCCACCACACCAGAAUGGGUCAAGUUCUGCAAACAGAUGUUUGGCGGUUUCUCGAUGCUUCUGUGGACAGGAGCUGUGCUCUGUUUCCUGGCUUACGGAAUCCAGGCUGCCAUGGAGGACGAACCAGCCAACGACAAUUUGUAUCUGGGUGUUGUGCUUUCUGCCGUCGUCAUCAUCACCGGUUGUUUCUCCUACUACCAAGAAGCAAAGAGCUCCAAGAUCAUGGACUCUUUCAAGAACCUAGUCCCACAGCAAGCCCUGGUUGUCCGUGAUGGUGAAAAGAAGAACAUCAAUGCUGAGGAGGUGGUUGUCGGCGAUCUGGUGGAAGUGAAAGGGGGAGACAGGAUCCCUGCUGAUCUGCGUAUCAUCUCUGCCCAUGGCUGCAAGGUGGAUAACUCCUCUCUGACUGGUGAAUCUGAGCCCCAGACUCGUACCCCUGACUUUUCCAAUGAAAACCCACUGGAGACCAGGAACAUUGCUUUCUUCUCUACUAACUGUGUAGAAGGAACUGCGCGCGGUAUUGUGAUCAGCACAGGAGAUCGCACAGUCAUGGGUCGUAUCGCCACCCUGGCUUCCGGACUCGAGGUCGGGCGCACCCCCAUCUCCAUUGAGAUUGAGCACUUCAUCCACAUUAUCACCGGCGUGGCCGUCUUCCUUGGUGUGUCCUUCUUCGUCCUCUCCCUCAUCCUUGGAUACUCCUGGCUGGAGGCCGUCAUCUUCCUCAUUGGAAUCAUUGUUGCCAAUGUGCCAGAGGGUCUCCUGGCUACUGUUACUGUGUGUCUGACCCUGACUGCCAAGCGUAUGGCCAAGAAAAACUGCCUGGUGAAGAACCUGGAAGCUGUGGAGACCCUGGGCUCCACCUCCACCAUCUGCUCCGACAAAACUGGCACCCUGACCCAGAACAGGAUGACCGUGGCCCACAUGUGGUUCGACAACCAGAUCCACGAGGCCGACACCACCGAAAACCAGAGCGGGACCUCCUUCGACAGGAGCUCUGCCACCUGGGCUGCCUUGGCCAGAGUUGCUGGGCUUUGCAACCGUGCUGUCUUCUUGGCAGAACAGGCAAAUAUUCCUAUUCUCAAGAGAGAUGUAGCUGGUGAUGCCUCCGAGUCUGCUUUGCUGAAGUGCAUUGAGCUGUGCUGCGGAUCAGUACAGGAAAUGAGAGAUAAAACUCCCAAGAUCGCCGAGAUCCCCUUUAAUUCUACCAACAAAUACCAGCUCUCUAUCCACAAGAAUGGCAUUGCAGGGGAGUCUAAUAACCUACUGGUGAUGAAGGGUGCCCCAGAGAGGAUUUUGGACCGCUGCUCCACCAUCUUGAUCCAGGGCAAGGAGCAGCCUCUAGAUGACGAGAUGAAAGACGCCUUCCAGAAUGCCUACCUGGAACUGGGUGGCCUUGGAGAAAGAGUACUGGGAUUCUGCCAUUUCAAUCUUCCUGACGAACAGUUUCCAAGCGGCUUUGCCUUUGACACUGACGAGGUGAACUUCCCCACUGAAAACCUGUGCUUUGUUGGCCUCAUGUCCAUGAUUGACCCACCCCGUGCUGCCGUCCCCGAUGCAGUGGGCAAAUGCAGAAGUGCUGGAAUCAAGGUAAUUAUGGUAACAGGUGAUCAUCCAAUCACAGCAAAGGCCAUCGCUAAAGGUGUGGGCAUUAUCUCCGAAGGCAAUGAAACUGUUGAAGACAUCGCUGCUCGCCUGAACAUUCCAAUAAAUGAAGUCAACCCAAGAGAUGCUAAGGCCUGUGUGGUCCAUGGUGGAGACCUGAAGGAUCUGUCCGCAGAACAGCUUGACGAUAUCUUGCAGCACCACACAGAGAUCGUCUUCGCUAGAACCUCCCCUCAACAAAAACUUAUCAUUGUGGAGGGCUGCCAGAGACAGGGUGCCAUUGUGGCUGUGACAGGGGAUGGUGUAAAUGACUCUCCAGCCCUGAAGAAGGCUGAUAUUGGUGUCGCCAUGGGUAUCGCUGGAUCUGAUGUCUCUAAGCAGGCUGCUGACAUGAUCCUGCUGGAUGACAACUUCGCCUCCAUCGUUACUGGGGUGGAAGAAGGUCGUCUCAUCUUUGACAACUUGAAGAAGUCCAUCGCCUACACCCUGACCAGUAACAUUCCUGAGAUCACCCCCUUCCUCCUCUUCAUCAUCGCCAACAUUCCACUGCCCCUGGGAACUGUCACCAUCCUCUGUAUUGAUCUUGGAACUGACAUGGUUCCUGCUAUCUCCCUGGCUUACGAAGCAGCUGAGAGCGACAUCAUGAAGAGGCAGCCCAGAAACCCCAAAACAGACAAACUGGUCAAUGAAAGGCUCAUCAGUAUAGCUUAUGGACAAAUAGGUAUGAUCCAGGCGCUGGCAGGCUUCUUCACCUACUUUGUGAUCCUUGCUGAGAACGGUUUCCUGCCCUCCACCCUGCUGGGCAUCAGAGUGGACUGGGAUAAUAAAUAUAUGAACGACCUGGAAGACAGCUAUGGACAGCAGUGGACAUAUGAACAGAGAAAGAUUGUGGAGUUCACCUGCCACACGGCGUUCUUCGUCAGCAUCGUCAUUGUCCAGUGGGCUGAUCUGAUCAUCUGUAAGACCAGGAGGAAUUCGGUCUUCCAGCAGGGCAUGAAGAACAAGAUUCUGAUCUUUGGACUGUUUGAGGAGACGGCCCUGGCUGCCUUCCUCUCCUACUGCCCUGGCAUGGACGUAGCUCUUAGAAUGUACCCCCUCAAACCCAACUGGUGGUUCUGCGCCUUCCCCUACUCCCUGCUCAUCUUUAUCUAUGAUGAAAUCCGUAAGCUGAUCCUCAGACGCAGCCCAGGAGGUUGGGUGGAAAGAGAGACCUACUAUUAAGACCCAUCAGCCUGUCAGUCAAGUCAGCCCGCAUCUUCUCCUCCACUCCUGUCUUUGCAUGAAUAUUGUCUUGCUGCUCGGAUUUAAAUUUUAACCUCUGUGGAAAACAAAUUGGAACGUGUUUUUAUAUUAGGGAAUGCUUGAUACUACUAUUAGGUAAACACUGAGACGGAACGUGCUGAUGAUGAUAAAUGAUAAUGCUAAUAAUGAUGAACUAUGAACAUUGACAUGACUAUGCGUGCCUUGUUUCUGAAACAGGACCAAUUUUAUACAUGUUUUUAACAGUUAUGAACGUUCAAUAAAAAUGCGCUCGAGUCAGGUCCCACAAAUGUUUCUGCUGGUUGCU